AGUGUUAAUAUUACUAUAGUUGGAAAGAACCGCGAGUUCAAAUACUUUUUUUUAAAUAAUACAUAUUUUGGACGAGUGAACCUUCUCGUUGGAGGAAACGAUCGGUUGCUGAGAAUUCAAAGAAAUACAUAUAAACGAAAACUUGAGGAGAUUUCAAAGAGUGUUCCACAAUGGCAAAAGUAAUAUCAAAUUUUGCAAGAAGGACUAGAACUUUAAUGAAUGCUCCCGUACUAGCGUGUAAAGCUGGUAGUGUAACGUGUUCAAAGAAUUGGCGCCUGAACUCGUCUUUCGUAGGGGCUGACGCCGAGGGAGUGAACCCACUGCACCCAAAGAUUCUCAUAACAGGUAGCCUCGGCCAGCUCGGCACUGGACUAGCCAGGGAACUCAGGCAAAAAUAUGGACGAAACAAUGUGAUUAUGUCCGAUAUCAUCAAACCUUCAAAAGAAGUCAAGGAAAGCGGUCCCUACCUGUUCGCUGACAUCCUCGAGUUUAAGGCCCUCCAGGAGAUGAUAGUGACACAUGACAUUGACUGGAUCAUCCACUUCAGUGCCCUUCUCAGUGCUGUAGGCGAGAACAAUGUGCCUCUAGCUAUGAGGGUCAACAUAGAGGGUCUCCACAACGUCCUCGAACUGGCAAGACAGUAUCGACUUAAACUUUUUGUCCCGAGUACCAUUGGUGCGUUCGGUCCCGACUCGCCAAGAAAUCCAACACCAGACAUGUGUAUACAGCGACCACGGACUAUUUACGGGGUAUCUAAAGUACACGCAGAACUUAUGGGGGAGUAUUACUUCCACAAAUAUGGACUCGAUUUUAGAAGUCUAAGGUUUCCAGGGGUUAUCUCCGCCGACACCCACGCUGGAGGAGGUACUACUGACUAUGCUGUCGCCAUUUUCCACGAGGCACUGAGGACGGGUACCUUUAACUGUUAUCUAAGACCAGACACACGAAUGCCUAUGAUGUACAUUACCGACUGUCUGAAAUCUGUGGCCCAGUUUAUGGAGGUGCCGGACUCGGACAUGAAACUGCGGACUUAUAACGUGACAGCGAUGAGCUUCACGCCCGAGGAACUGGCCGAGGAGGUCAAAAAAUACGUACCGAAUUUCACGAUUACGUAUAACCCAGACGGAAGGCAGCAGAUCGCCGACUCGUGGCCUGAGGUGUUUGACGACCACAACGCACGUGCAGACUGGGGAUGGAAACACGAACAUGACCUCCAGGCAAUGUGCAAGAUUAUAUUUGACGCCAUCACGCCCAUGUACAGGUGAAAAACACGCGACAAGUAAUCCAGUACGCAUACAAGUUCUGAUAAACACUUCUUUUGAAUAAUAGAAGGUCAGUUGAAGCUUCCAUACCGGUGACCACCAACGUCUCAUUGUAGCGUUUAAAUGGAGAAGAAUCUGAAGGUAUAAAAGAGAAAAGAAAAGCAUGGAUCUAAUGCACCAGGUUAUAACAAAUCACUAUUGAUGACAAAAGAUGUUUGCAAUUAAUUCAUUUUAUUACAUUCUAAAGAGGUUUGAUUAAAAAAUAUAAGAUCAUAUGGACUAUAUAAGUAAUUAUAUGACUCCUCGUUUUCGGCACUACAUUUUUUGUAUUUGUAUUUGUGUGUUUUUUAACUGUUUAAGUCUUCGUCGUCUUCCCUUUUGGUGAAAACGACACGUUUGUAUUUGCAUUUUUAAAAUCGCAAAAUAUUCAAAACAUAACUGCACAUUCAAUUUGUCGUUUUGUAAAUGAACCACACCAUAGAAUCAUCAUUGUUUCGAAUUCCGAAUGUUUUUAAUUUAAACUCGUAACAUCGACGUCUUUUUGAACAAGAUGAUCCUUGAUUUUUAUAUUUCAAUGAUUAAUACUGUCUUUCAGCCUCCUUUGACUCCGUUUUAACACGAGUAUAUAUUUCCAUUGUCAAAUCGUUGUUUUGUUACUUUUCUCGCUAUUGUUAUGAUAUACAGUAUUUUUACUCACGUUGUGUUAUAAGAUAAGUGUUUACAACAAUGAGAUUUGUAAUUUUUAUGCUAAAUAAAGGUAGCUUCAAAC